AUGAAAGGAGCCUUGGUAAUUUUCUCAAUUGGAGUGUUGGCGUUAUUACCAAAUGUCACACUUUGUGCUUCGGUGAAGGAGAAUGGCGACGAUUCUUCCAGUGAGAAAGAAGACAACAGCAAAUGCGGCCUUUUCCUAGCGCCAUCGUCGAUACCAAACAGCGGGCUGGGAAUGUUUGCUGGGCAUGGUGGGAUAUCGGAGAAUGCGACGAUCGGUGAUGGUGAUGUGAUUAUACCUUUCUUUGAGAUGGAGUUUCAUAAUCAACUAAAGUCGAAAAAGCAUCGAAAUGAUUUCCUUUGGGAUGAAUAUGUGUGGGCAUCCCACACGUUUCCUGGUGCGGAACAGGAAACGGAAGACUUGGAAGAUGCGGAGUUUGCUUGCCCGGGGAUCGGUUCAGCUGCUAAUAGCUACUUGGCUUUGAAGAACGUUUUGGAUCAAGGAGUGAGUUUGGGAUUGGGUACUGAUCCUGGCAGUCCAGGUGCCGGAGCUCAUUCACCGUAUCACAACCGAUAUUUUACUGCAACGGAAGACAUACCCGAAGGUGGCGAGGUUUGGAUGGACUAUGGGCCGGCAUACUUCAAGUCAAGGGUAAACGAGUAUGGUUAUAUCCCACUCCCAGAAUCUUACCCUGUCGCCGAUGAUCUUCUAAUUGACUAUCAGGAAAUGCGAUUUGUCGACUGUAACAGUAGCGAUAUUUCCAAUCAGACAUGGGAGGAGCUGUACCAGACGAUCCUCGACUUUGCGCCCAUUUGGCGGACGUCUCGGGUCCUCCACGCGCUCCCAACGAAUGCUAGCAAAAUUGAAGACAUUUUGAAUGAUGGCGGCACAACCUAUAGAGACUAUGAUGCUAGUCGACGAGAUCUGGCUUGGCUGGACGAGCACGGUCAAUGCAUGGACAAUAUCAAAACGGGCAUGAUGAGCCAAGAGUCUCCGCAUGCUGGCCGUGGGGCACUUGCCAAUCGCUUCAUUCCUGCUGGAGGCCUUGUGACCCCUGCACCAUUGAUACAUAUUGGAGACAUGGACGAGCUGAAAAUGUACCAGCGAACUACGAUCAAAAAGGCUCGUUUCGAAUCGAAAGUUGUCCCGGAUAUGAAUGGUCCCACGACUUACCAACUAAUACUGAACUACUGUUUUGGUCAUAUGGAUUCGACACUCCUCCUAUGUCCAUAUGGUCUCUUGACUGCGCUGAUCAAUCACUCUUCCAAAAAUGCCAAUACCAGAAUCGUUUGGAGUGAUGCCAUGCGGCGGAAAGAAUGGUUGGAAGAACCAAUUGAUGAAUUCGCCGACGAAUCGAUUGCUGGCCUUCAAUUUGAUUUUGUGGCACUGAGAGAUAUCCAAGAGGAUGAAGAAAUCCUGAUUGACUAUGGCGACGAAUGGGAACAAGCGUGGCAAGAACACAUGCAAAACCAUCAACCUCGAGACGGCUACAUACCAGCCUUUGAAUUGAACCAGCGUUUGAAUGAGAUUGAGUUUCGUACAUUGGACGAACGGCCAUAUUCUGAUGAUGGGAUCCAACUGCGAUGUCGAAUCCAGCAUGCCAGACAAUGCUUUUCACCAAGAAGUGAACACUUGAAGAAAGAUUCUAUCGCCUGUGCAAUCAUUGAAAAGCUCGGUGAGAACAAGUACACAGUGAAAGUUCUCGAAGACGGUGUGGACGACGAUCUACAAUUGGAGAUGCCGGCAGAUGCCUUCUUCUUUGUCGAUUUGCCAUAUCAACGCCAUCACUUUAGUUUUCAGGCUUUUCGACAUGCCAUGAUGAUACCAGAUGACAUGUUCCCGGACGUGUGGAAGUCUCGCACGGGCGACGACAAAAGGGAGGCUGGAUCUCAGGAGCAAGACGAAGAGGACAGCUCUGAUGACGGCGAAGAUGAGGUCUUUGUGGACGAAGAGGAAGAUGCGUCAGCUUUCAAGAGAAAGCCGAAAGGAUGGAAGCAUGAUGAUUCAGCCAUAAUAGAACUGCCGGAAGCCUAA